CGGAUGUUAUUCGUAAUGGGCGUAAGCGAUGUAAACAUUCCAACUGUUUUACCCACAACAAAACAUGAUACUGUUAUGUGAUUAAAAUGUGCUUGAUCAUCGGUCCAACUGGUGUUGGGAAGACUCUGCUUUUAAAAAGACUUCAGAAUUUUCAUAGUGUUAAAGAAAUUGACAAACUUGGAGAGAUCCCAUCUACUAUUCCUACUGUAGGUACCAAUCUGGUGAAUGUUCCUACUGGUAAGAAGCAAGAAACUGUUAUAAGAGAGGUUGGAGGAUGCAUGUGUCCUAUAUGGAACAGUUAUCUUAAAGAUUUAACAGCAUUGAUUUUUGUGAUAGACAUAUCAAAUACAGUACAAAUAUCUGCCUCAUGUAUACAAUUCCUGACAGUACUUAAUAACACUGCGGUACAUAAUACUCCAAUAUUGCUUUUGCUGAAUAAGAGUGAUCAGCCUUUAGCUUUGUCAAGAUUUGAAGUGGAAUCUUUGAUGAGAAUAGACAAUAUUAGACAGAAUACAAAACAUCAAAUUACAAUUUUAGAAAUAAGUGCCUUUAAUGGUAAAGGAUUGACAGAAGUUAUAGACUGGGUUCAUCAGGCAUCAACUAAGAGUUGAUGAUACCUUUUCAUAGGAGAAAACUUUUAUAUUGUAAUAAAAAAAUGUUAAUGAAAUUAUGAACUCAUUUGAAAAUCUUUUGUUUCAUGGGUUAGUUCAAAAUAUGAUUUUAAGGAUUAAACUUGUUAAUAUGUAGCCUCUUUAACAAAAAUCUGUGAGUAGGUCAUUUCUAUACUGUGGCUUGUUACACAGGUUAAUUCAAAAUAUGAUUUUAAGUAUUAAAAUAGUGUGUAUAUAGUCCUCUAAGUCUUAAAAAACCUUUUAAGUAGUAUUUUAUAACUAUUAGUAAACCUUUUUGAGUUGAUUGAGAAAAAGACUAUACCAGUAUUUCAAAGGGUGUUUUUUUGUGGGGGGAAUUUGAAAUAUUACUGCCCUAUUCAUAGAUUCAUUAGUAUACUAUAUUGUAAUUGUCUGUCUAUUUGUCAUAAAACACUUUUUGUUUAAGCAAAGUCUUUUAUCCUUAUAUGAUGUUUGUGUAUGAUAUGAACAUGGCCAAAAACCAAUGCAAAUGUUGAUACACACCAUUAAGAUUAUAGUCACAGAUAUUUCUAUUUAACAGUAAUUGUUCCAAAAUUUUAAAAAAAUUGAUAAAAAUGAAUUAAAUGAUUAUUUAACAUACACCCCUUUUUUCAAUAUUUUUCAUUUCUAUGACUGGUUUGACAAAAGAUGUGUUUAAACUCUAGCGUCUUAACUUUCCCUGCAUAUGCUCAAUGUUUGAAGAAAUCGAUGAUUAUUCAUCCUAACCAAUCAAUGAUUUUCCUCUGAAAUAAUCCUACAAUUGGUUAGAAUAUGUACAUUUGAAAUGUCCAUGUGUGAUGAGUAUUUUUGUGCCUUUAAUCUCAAUUCAAAAUCUUUUUUUUUUCAUUAUAGAUAAGCAUGAAAUAUUUUACACUGUGUACAUUUGGUAAGCAACAAUCUAUCAAUCAGGAUGAUAUCAAAAUGAUUAUUCAACUGCAAUAACUUCUGUUUAAAACAAAUAAUAUACAAAGUUUUAGCAACAACAAACUGGCUGUACACUUCAGUUAAAAACUUCAUUAAAAUCAUUAUAUUGGAAUAAUCUAAAUG